GAAGCAUCCCACCACGCUAUUGUCCUUAUUGGGUUGACAGUACACGUCUCCGCGCGUAUUAUGUAGUGAUAUUUGUAUUUGAUCAUUCAUUUGAAAUUCCUAUCGUCUGGGCAUUUUUACAAACAGCCUGUGCUUGGUGGUUUUAGAAUCGACAAAAGUGAUACCGUCUGUUCGUCUUGGAGUGAUUUAUGUUUGGGUGCUUAUUUCUCACCAGAGCUAUUUCUCUUCAUUCCAAUUCCAAUGGAUAGCUGUGAGCUGCUCCGCCUUUUAUUGACCCUCAACUACUAAAGUUGUUGUAUAGUGAUUUGGACACAUGAUCCGAAGUAGACCUAAUCUAUCUGUUUUCUCUGUUGUGCUCGUCAUCCGUCAGAAUUUAUACUCUGUUAAUCGCAGUAGUAUAUUUGAGCAGCUCCCGACCACUGCCUUCAAUUUCUUGAAACCUUCAGUGUCUGCCUCUUUUCCGUCUCCACCACAAUUUGGUUUCUCAGCCCUGUUUUCCUCUUCGUCCCUGUCCGCAAAAGUUGGAGGGUCAACCGAUGUCCCAACUCUAGGUUUUGACGAGACUUCUGGUGAUGACGAGGAGGUGGUGGAUGACCUUGACAGGAAUAAUCAUCCCCACUCUAGUCAGUUAGACUUAAGGGAUGAUGAUCUUGGCCAAGAUGUUAAAACGAUAUUGGAUAUAUUACGUGGAGCAGCUUGUAGACCAUCUGAAAUUAAAUGUAAGCUCGAGAGUUGCAGUAUUAAUGUAUCAUCAGAGUUGGUUGUAGAGGUUCUUUCAAGAAUUCGUAAUGAUUGGGAAGCAGCUUUCACUUUUUUCCUGUGGGCAGGCAAGCAACCGAAUUAUGUUCAUUCUGUUCGUGAGUACCACUCCAUGAUUUAUAUCCUUGGUAAAAUGAGGAAGUUUGAUACUGCUUGGACCUUAAUUGAGGAAAUGAGACGAGGUAGUGCUGCUCCAUCUCUUGUCACCCCUCAAACUCUUCUGAUUAUGAUUAGGAGAUACUGUGCUGUUCAUGAUGUUGGAAAGGCUAUAAGUACUUUCUAUGCAUAUAAACGAUUCAACUUUCAAGUUGGAAUGGAGGAAUUUCAAGGCCUUCUUUCUGCCCUUUGUCGGUACAGGAACGUAGAAGAUGCUGAGCAUCUUCUUUUCUGCAACAAAAAUGUAUUCCCAUUCAACACCAAGAGCUUUAACAUUAUUCUCAAUGGAUGGGGUAAUGUGAUUGGUAGCCCACGUCAUGCAGAGAGAAUUUGGGAGGAGAUGGGCAAGAGAGGAAUCCAAUAUGAUGUUGUCUCCUAUGCAAGCAUCAUGUCUUGCUAUUCAAAGUCUUCUAAACUCUACAAAGUAUUCAGGCUGUUUGACCGGAUGAAGAAAACCAAGAUCACUCCAGAUAGGAAAGUUUAUAAUUCGGUCAUUCAUGCUCUCGCAAAGGGUAGGUUUGUGAAAGAAGCUGUCAAUCUCCUGAAAACAAUGGAAGAUGCCAACAUUUCUCCGGAUACUGUUACUUACAACUCACUAAUCAGUCCUUUAUGUAAAGCCCGCAAAAUUGAUGAAGCUAAAGAAAUUUUAGAUGAGAUGAUGCAGCGGGGUCUAUCUCCUACAAUUCGGACUUAUCAUGCUUUCUUCCGUAUCUUAAGGACCAAUGAAGAAAUAUUUCAGCUUCUGGGCAAGAUGAGGGAAUCGGGCUGUCACCCAACUACUGAGACUUUUCUAAUGUUGAUAAGAAAGUUUAGUCGAUGGCAACAGCUUGACAUUGUCUUUAAGCUCUGGAGUGAGAUGAGUGAAAGUGGAGUCAACCCUGAUCGUAGCUCUUACAUUGUACUGAUUCAUGGGCUAUUUCUGAAUGGAAAGCUGGAGGAAGCAUACAAAUAUUAUAAUGAGAUGCAGGAUAAAGGCUUCCUCCCAGAACCAAAAACAAGUGAAAUGCUUCAAGCCUGGCUUUCUGGAAAACAGGUAGUUGAAGAACAGAUGACAGAUUUAGAGCACAAGAAAUUAGAGAGUGAUUCUGUAGGAAAGAAUAUCAAGGGUAUACCUAGUAAACCAGAUAAGGAGAAAGAUUUUCUUCGCCAACCUGAGAUUAGAAGAGUAAAAAGAGAGCGGGGUUUUUCCUUUUGGGAUCAGUAAAGUCUCAUGUUGCAGCUGAAUCCGAUGACACAGUUUUUUCCUAGAUGGUUUUCACGAUUGUCUAACAAUCUUAUCAAGUUCCUAGUAUACUCCAUAAGGUGCAUAGUAUCUUUUCUCUAUGUAUACCCAGACUUCAACUAUAAUAAGAAAGAGAUAUGAAUAUAUGAUGUUUA